CAGAGAUAAACAUCGUGAGAGACUAAAAGGUUGACAUUUUUCACAUGUGGAAAAGCCUUAAGAUCUGUUUUAAUUGAAGGAGAAGAUGGGGUGACUUCAUGACAGCCCUUAAGAAAAUAAAAUUUGUUGAGAACUCUUUCUGCCUUGAUGUUUUUGUAAACACACAGGAAUGAACAAUGAGAAAUAUGCUUAGAUAUUUUCUGGGAAGAGAUAGGUCAGUGGUAUCAGCACAAGGGUAGAAACUCUUGAGAGUGGCUGCAGAGGGGUGGUCACCAUUGGUGAUGACCUUCAGAAGAGACCAGACAGCCUUGUGUAUCAGCAUGGCCUAGGCAAGUGGAAGGCAGGGGCACCUAAGAUGACAUCAAAGAGGAUCUUCAAUCCCAGCUGGCAAAAAGCAAGCAGGACUUCAGAGACCUUAGAGAGAAGUUCCUUAUAUCCCAAGUGACUGCCUACAUCCUGGCCAACCAGCUGCAGAAAUACAAGUGUGGAGAGUGCAAAGACAUCAUUGAAUCCGUGUUGAAGAAGGAGCUGCAUUUUAAUGAGGAGAAUCUGGCAGAGAAGUCAACCUUAGCUCAGACGCUUAGGGAAUAUAGUGUCCUAAUUCAAGAUCAGGAACAACAGCUGACCUGGUUAUGGAAGAGAUUACAGGAAGGGAGAGACAUCUCCAUCCUACUCAGUCAGCACCUCAAGGACCUCCUCACACACAAUGACGUUGACAACUGCCAGGGGCAGGGCUUCCGAGAGAGACUAGCUGAAGGAGACAGGCUGGCAGAGAGCAUUUUCCGCAAACUCAGCCCAGAAAAUCCUGAAGAUGAGGGGGAUGAACAAGCACAAGAAACACUCACUCCCAGCAUGGAGCUGCAGGAGGUUGAAAAGAAGGAAGUUCAGCAAGACUCACAGGAUCAACGUGUUUUGCCUUCUUCAAUUUGCCAAGAAGUUUCUGACUGUGACCAGCCUUACAGUGAUGGCAAAUUCGCAUUGGCUGAACAGGAAGUCUGCUCUGCUCUGGAUGUAGCCUGUGAAUGUUCCCAUUCUAAAAGGGAUGAAACUCCAACUGACCUCCCAGAAAAUCAAAAUAAUCAUGAGGAAGAGGAUGGACAACAGCCAGUGUCCCCCAGUGUGGAGCUGCAGCAGGUUGAAAAGAAGGAAGUCCAACAGGAGCCACAGGAUCAAUGUGUUUUGAGUCCUUCAAUUUGCCAAGAAGAUUCUGAUUGUGACCAGCCUUAUAGUCAUGGCAAAUUCACAUUUGACAGACAGGAAGUCAGCUCAACUCUGGAUGUAGCCUGUGAAUGUUCCCAUGCUGAAGGGGAUGAAAUUUCAAGUAUUCUUCCAGAAAAUCAAAAUGAUCACGAGGAAGAGGAUCAACAAGAGCCAAUGACCCCCGGCAUGGAGCUGCAGAAAUUUGAAAAGAAAGAAAUGCUGCAGGACUCACAGGAUGAAUGUGCUUUGCCCUCUUCCAUUUGCCAAGAAGAGCCUGACUGUGACCAGCCUUACAGUGAGGGCAAACUGACAUUGGAUGAACAGGAAGGUGGCUCUGCUCUGGAUGUAGGCAGUGAACACUUUCAUUCUAAUGGUGAUGAAAUUCCAACUCGUCUCCCAGACCCCACCCCCUCUACACAGAACUUGCGCUCGAAUUCAGGCAACAGUCCUGGACUCGGCCCCUGCGGCUCCGGAGGUGAUACAGGGUGUGAGCAACAGAUGCCUGAACAGCAGCCCCUGCAGCUGCCUCAUCCACCUAAGGAAGAAGGAGUUCUCCGGGAGCAGCGUCCCGCAGUUGAGCGGGAAGAGGAAGGGAGGGAAGGGCCCUGCUCUCUUGAGGGAGGAGACCCCGCGGAGUCAGCGAAGUCCUCCAGCCGUUUGACCGAGGCCGCCAAGACCCAAAUCAUUCGUUGA